GGCGUGGUGCACUGAGCAAUGGUGCUGGAGAAGAUCAAGUACAUCACAUCGCCGACUGCCUACCAUGUCGUGCACAACUGGUGAGCACACCGCCUACCUGAUGAGUGAGUGCAGGGAUGGUAUGGAUAGACAGACAGACAGACAGAUGCACUGAUGGAUUCAUGGCGCUGCACGUUUGUCUGUGUGUGCAGCUACGAUGGCGGCCGGCUGCCCCUGCUCAAGAUCUCUGCCUGGCAGAGUGACAAGCGCCUCUACUGGAAACACAAGUGGCGGAGGGGGCGCGUCAAAUGCCGCUUCGGGAAGCUGAAUCGACACCAUGGGAGCGAGCCCGACUUCCCUGACCCCGCCAUAGUGCCCCUGGAGACCGUGCCGCUCAUCGCCAAGGAGGCGGCCCUCAACAAUCUGACAAAUGCCGAAUUCUGGCGACAGUAUUGCGAGCGGCUGCGGCAGGCGCGGGACGUCAUGUCGGCCAACGACAUCAGCAACGUGCUCGACUCGCUGGUGGCGAUCAACUACCGCAACGUGGAGCUCAUGAAGCUGUGGAGCCGGGAGCUGGUGGACGACGUCAAGCAGCUGCGGCCCGAGGAGUGUGCCGUCAUCGCCAACGGAUACGCACACUUCAACUGCUACAGCCCCGACCUCAUGAAGGCACUGGCUGACCACACCCUCUUCCUCAUACACCCCAAGAGCCUCAUGCUCCCGCCAGCCUCCACUGACCAGCACCAGCCACAGAUGCAGAUCGCCGGACCGCAGCACCAACAGUCAUCCUCGCAGCUGAUGAUGCCCCCCGGCGACUCGCCUGCCCCGGCACCAUCCGACACAGGUGGACCGAGCGACGGUCCACGGGACAGGGCUUUGGCGGCGGGCUUCACGCCCCGGUCGCUGGGAGUGUUGCUCAACUCGUAUGCGAAGCUGAAUCACUACCACCCCCUGCUGCUGCAGAAGGCGGCCGAGGGCCUGGCGGCUGACGCGUCGGAGCAGCUGAGCAUCCGCCAGAGGACCACCGCCAGGGCCAUGUCGCUGUCGGAUUACGCCAACGUACUCGUCCCCUUCGCUAGGUUCGCAUACCGGAGGAGAGGCGACAUCGAAGAGGGUCUAUCAGGAGCAGGCAGUCGGCUGGGCACCGACAUGAGUGUGGCGCGUCUGUUGGAGGCGAUGAGUGUCCCGCUGGUGGACAAGCUCGAGAUGCUGGCCCGCAACGGCAAGGAGCUGCUGUCUGAGAAGGACGUGAGUGACGAGAUGGAGUCGAGCCCCGAGAGGGAGAUGUUCCUGAGGGAGGAGGGCAACCAGCCGAUGAGCGCCGAGCACUCGUACUCGUACACCAACGCCACGGGAUGCGGCAACCCAUGCCACGUCCUCGCCACCCUCCAGCCGUCAACCGGGGCCACACGGGCCAGGGGCAAGUUCACCCGCAACGAUCGCUUCUCGACGUGCGCUAUGCCCCCGGGGGUGGGCGUCGGGCUGGGCAUCGGCAGCAAGACGGCCAUCAACGUGAGCUCCACCUUCGCCUUGUCGUCGGCCGCAUCCGUAUAUCUCUCCCUGGUGGUCCUCUACACAGCGAACAAGUCGCGCGGCGGAAUGCCAUCGUCGCUUCGGUCGGCCCUGCUGAAGCUGCUGGCGAUGCAGCUGCAGCUCAUCCAGGCGUACAGCCUGCGACAGCUGGAGGCCAUCGCCGCGACACACCACAGGAACCACAUGGACUACUUCUCGGAGCCUGACCUGACCACACAGGGGCUCACCGCCGACAAGGCUAUGGCCGAAGGCGAGCAGCAGGACGCUGCCGUCUCCACUGGCCGCGUGAGGCUGCGUCUGAGUGAGGAUGAGGGCAUGGACGAGUCACUACCAGGCGAGAUGAUGGAAGGUGAGGAGCCCGAGGGCCUGCCGCCCUUCCCGGAGGCCAACCCGGCCCCGUCUCUGCUCUUCAGCUCUCCAAUGAGUGGUGUGGCUGAGGGAGAGGGUGCGCUUGUGGCCGUCGAGGGCGGCGGCGAGGCCAUGAUUGACACGUCCACGGCUUUGGUGAGGAGUCGGGGUGAGGUGCUGCCGCGGGGCGGCGAGAUGGUCGAGGAAGAGGACGAGGGCGAGGAGGGGGAGGAUGUGCUGCCGAGGGUGUCGAUAGAGCGGCAGGUCAAGCUCAAGGACUCCUUCCACACAGAGGUCUACGCCAGCUACGACCCCAUCAUCGCACACAGGAGACACAGGAUCCUCGCGGCACUCGGCAUCGCACUCGACGCACUCGCAAUCGAAUGCAAACAACGGGUGGGCUGGCUGGCUGCGAGAGGGGCCACUGAGGGAGGAGGGAGGAGCUCCAGGCCAACCAACAUGUGUAUGGAUGGAUGGCUGGUGUGUGUGGUGGCAUCUAUCGUAUUGAUCAGGUGGGGGGCGAUUCUGGGCCGGCGAGUGACUACUACGUGCACAUGAUGACAGGCCAACACACGGUACGUACGGUCACCUCACCAGCUGACUAAUUGCACUCAGCCAGCCACCCAACAUGUGUGUGUGUCUGAUUGUGCGCCUGUGUGCGUGUGUGUGUAUGUGUGUGCGUUCUGCAGAUGAGUGAAGACGAGUUGGCCUUUCUGUCCCAGGCGAUGGAGGUGCUGCGCGCCACAGGCUGCGUUGGGAUGGCCCCGUCCUCCCUCGUCUCGGCCAUGGAGCUCUUCGCCGUCUGGCGCCGCCAUGUCGACGACACCCAGGGGUACGACGUCACCCCCAUGGCACACGAGGCCGUGCGCAGGGCCAUCACACUCAACGGAGACUUCAGGCGACUCGACAGGCUCAACAAGGCUAUGAAUCUGGUGGGUGGGGGGAGGGAGGGAAGGUAUUGUUCACGGCAACGCAGCGAGCGCAGCAGAUGUUUGCUGCCCCCCUGGUGGGGUCGGUGUGUGGCAUUGUGUUCAGGAUGCCUACAGCGAGUAUGCUCUGCAAAGGCCUCACUGAAGUGCUGGAUGGGUGGCCUGACUGACUGGCUGUGCGGUGAAGGGCGACAAGGCAGGCAUGGCUGCAUGUAUGGCCAAAUGACCGGUGCGGAC